AACCUUACCGUACUGGUAUCCUCGUAUCCUCAUCGUCAUCCCUCGUCGUCAUCUUCAUACCCGCUUCUUUUCCUCACCUUCACCUUCGUCCUGCUUUGCAUCGGCCCUUGCAUUCUUGCCCUCCUCGUCAGCAGCUGCCCAUACAGGCAUCGACGAGCGGCUGCCCAGCCGGACCUUUCCUCGCUUCAUGUCUUCGCAGCAGGCCAAGCUCACACUCCGGCCUCCGCCCCAUCGCAAUUUCAUACAGGGCUAUCCGGGCAUACCUGCCGGCACAAAUAGGCCAGCUGCUCAUGUCGCAGGCUCAGUAGAAGUCAGGCUUGGCGGUAAGGGGCUCAAAGCAUCCUGGCUCAGGAUCGAGCUCCGCAAGAUAGAGUCGACGGCUACAGAGAAUUGGGGAGAGCUCAUCGGCAGAGGGCCCAUUGAGGUAUGGACGGCGCAAGGUACAGCAGAGCAUGACGACGAGGGCGACUGGGAUCUCCUUCAAACGGCCGACUUCCCCUUCCGUAUUGCUAUUCCGGAAGGGCUGCCUCCCAGCAUUAGAUUAGAGAAGCAGUCGGGAAUCAGCUAUGAGAUGGUCACGAGUCUUUGUGUAAAGACCAAGAAAGGUCUCAUCAGAAAGGAUACUGCAUCUUCCGUGAUACAGUCCACCCAUCCGCUUGUACUUGAGAAGCACGAGCUUCAUUCCAACUGGCCAAUAUACCACAUUCCUGACGAUCACGAGCAAACGGCCAAUGACGUAUAUGCCCGCAUAUACCGCAAACAGACUUGCUAUGCUCCAGGGGACAAAGUGGAAGCGCGCAUCAUCUUGACUUCUAAGAAUGUCUCGCCUGUCAAGAUCAAGACAGUCGCUCUGUCUAUCCGAGAGACUGUCACCUUCCGAGGAAGCAAAAGGGGAAGCCGAAUGCUAGGAGGCGUCACCAAGACAGCCAAUCAAAAGACGGAGAUGAUUGCCCAGAAAGCUCAACAGGUGGGGUCGAAGAUCUACAAGGGCGAUACCAAGACGUAUGACAUUGCCCUGGUCAUUCCUAAGGCUCAUUCUCUUAUGACCAUCCAAACGGCGAAGCACAUCGAAAUUUCCUACACCAUGCGAGUCUACGUCGAUACGAAACAACCCAUCAUCAUCGAUCAUCUUCCCCUCACCAUUACGACCACUCCUGCCAGCGUAUCCGGAAAGGUCGUACCUCAGAUUGGCUAUGUCCCGGGUCUGAGCUCUCCCGCCGAAUACCCAAUUGAAGAAGAGCCCGAAGAACAAACUCGUCGCCCACAAUCCAUGGGGCCCACUGUCUCCUUCCGAUCGCAACAGGCAGAUUUUCCGCCUCGUAAUGGCACGAUCGAUACUCAGCAAGCAUACAGACCUGCCCCUCAUCGUUCACUCUCCAUGGCUGACAGUGAUACUAUGUCCAAUGCCUCAACGGAGAGGGGCGGAAGGCCCGCUGGCGGUGCGGACCUCAAUCGUCGCGAUACUGUAAUGACCACCUCUACGGCGGGGCCAGGAAUGGCUGGGCGCGGAGUGCCUGGAGGCAUUCAUUCCUGGGGUCAAUUCGGCGCAGCUCAGCCUUACUCUGCGUUCAGGCCAGCACAAGGGCCUGUCAGAGGAGCUUUCGCAGGGCCGCCUAGCAUCUACGAGGGACGAGAGUUGAAUCAGGAGGAGAACCGAGCUCUUUAUCAUCACUCGCUGGCCAAUAAUCUGGGCGAGGUCUUCGAAGGACAGCAAAUCCUUCCUGAGAGUCCAGCACAAAUUCGCGUCUCUGCCGCUCCGAAUAUGGCCUCUGUUCCCGAGUCGGCGGAGCAGCACGCAAGGGGCGUCCUGGACUCCCAUAGACAUUCCGCGGCUCAGCUGAUGCCGCGAAGUACAUCCUGGGAUCGGGCAGAGGCCAGCUCGACGGUGAGUGCUGCUCAAGCUGCUGAGAUGGAAAAGGAGAGGCUGUAUCGGAGAGCUAGAGAGCAAGCCGAAAGGAAUCAAAGAAGAGCAGCCCAGGCAGCUGGAGCCACAUCAUCAUCACACGAUCGCAAUGGCCUGGCAUCUGACUAUGACGGAGCAGACGCACAGCAGCAACCCUUGAGUGCAAUCGCUCAGCGUCAAGCAGACAACAAUGAGAAGCAGAUCUUGUACCAAAGGGCUCGGCGGCAGGCAGAGCAAUAUCAAGGACAGUAUGAGUCCGGAGCUGAUUUUCCUUCUGAGGAUCUGAGCAUAUAUGCAGCUAUGCCUGGCAAUGGUUCAACUCUCACUUUCGCGACGGAUGGCAGCCCGGCCGCAAGUGUCGCUAUGGGAGCAACUGCAAUGACCGCUCUGGGGUCCAGGACCCGGUCUGUGUCGCCCGAGCAAGCAGCGGGGGGAUCCAGCAAUAUCCGCGCUGCCCCUGCAUCGGUCGCACCGUAUGCUUCCGCCGAACAAGAGAAGCGGAGACUGUAUGAGGCGGCAAUGGCUGAGCGCGAUUCGUAUCUCAACAAUCAAAACGGCGAUAGCAGGAGGAGCAGUGGGUCUGCUAUGGUCGGCAGCACCGACCUAUCAUCCUCCCAGAUACGGCCUGCCUCUACGGCGCCGGUGUCCUCUCGACCAACAAGCCCACGCGCAUCUGCUUUCCCGUCUGCAGAAGAAGAGAAGAGACGCUUCGCAGCUGCAAAAGCAGAGACGGACGCGUACCUUGCUUCGGGCGGGCAGAACUCAUCGCGGACCGUGGGCUCUGGUAGCGCUGCGCCAACGGCUUCGCAGUCCCUUAAUCAGUCUAGCUCUGCUAGCGCCCCAGCGCCUACCGCCCUUUACCCAUCGGCAGAAGAGGAGAAGCGUCGCCUCUACGAAACUGCAAAGGCGCAGGUGGAAGCGAACCAGUCAAUAACGGCAUCUCAGCCAUCCUUGGCUUCCGCAGGAGCCAGCGGGUCGAGUGCACCCAUCCCGAAUGCUGUAGGCAGCUCAGGAGGGGUGCCACGAAGUUCUGCCGCGGCCUAUGCCGCCCCCCCGCAGGCCUCGUACGCCUCCGCCGAGGAGGAGAAGAGGUUGUUGUACGAGAGAGCAAAAGCGGAGGUAGAUGACAACCAGGUGCAGGCUCAACCAUCGCAGUCAACAGCGCCGACGGGGUCAGGGGCUGUUGCUGCAGCCCCUUUGGUGACUAGCAAGGCCGAAGACGAAAAGGCUCAACUGCGACGGUAUCACGAGGCACAGGACGCAGUCGCACGUCAUCAGCAAGGUGACGGCGGUUCCACAACAGAGGCUGCCCGUGCAGCUCCAUCAAUUGCCAGACCUGAAGCGUCCUAUGCUUCGGGAUAUCGAUCUGCAUCUAGCGCAAGCACAGCAAAUGGUGUUCUGCCUGCUUCCUCUUCUCUGGGGGGCGGGAUGACGAUCCUGCCAAAUCCGUACGACCAACAGCCUACAAGCACAGCUGUGCAACAGGAUCCACCUUCCUACAACCGUCCGGCCGUUCUGUCCUCUUCCCGCAACCCUUCCUUGUCGGGCAGCGAAGCAGGCUCGAUCUUCUCCACCUCGACGGUGCCAUAUCGAACUCCCUCAGUCGUAGCAGGCAAGCAACGUACCCUUCCCUCGGCCCCUGCGUCUCCCGCCCCACCCGCACUACCCACGCUCAACUUCCAGCCCUUCAAUGGUCUACCCAGCUCUUCGUCUUCCGGUGGCGUAGCCGCCACACCGGUGAGGAUGGCAAGUGGAGGGAUGUAUGCCCCGAGGGUUGCUCCUUCCAAUUGGCACGAGGUGGAUGAAGAUGGGGGCGGCGCUCUGGGAGGCGGGAGGAAAGCGAGCGGACCUGCGCCGCCCAUCCCGCCCAAGACGCCCUUGGGAGGCAGCAGAGGAUCUUGAAGUAACCCACCCCGAUCUAACGACGAGCAACAAGAUCGCUUCGAUCAUCGCAAUGGCUCUCGCUCUUCUGACUUUUGCUACUAACGCUAUCUGCUCCGCCGCUACUGCCGUUCCUUGUCCUCUUCUUCGCGUCUCGCGCCUCGUAUGAUACCAGACCCAAACCGGAUGUCCUCGUUCUCGUUGACGCUCACUUGUACCUCUUCUCCUCUAUAUCUGCGUUU